UAUCUGCCUCACCAUUAUGUGAUUUUAAAUAAAUUAAUUUUUGUAAAAACAAUAUUUUGUGAAAACUUCGGUGCAAUGCAAAGACUGUACAAUUAUGGAUUCCAAUAUAUGACCUUCAAUGAUAUCCAGGAUUUAAAUAGAACAAUCAAUAUAAUUCUAACAUUUCUGUCAAUGAAUUGCAUUCGUAUGCCGGUGGACUUAAAAGUAAUAAUAAAAGAUAUAGAAAUUAUUUUGAUGAACAUACAUCAUUUCCACGGUCGAAAUCGAUUAAUCUCUCAAUUUACAAAUGAAUCGCAUAGGAAACCAGAUCUAUCGACUCCUCUCCAUCUGAACUUUAAAACAUUUUCCAGUGAUGAAUUACAGGUAGACGUAAAAGAGUUAAUCAUCGAGGAACAUUACACGUCGCUGUAUAUAUUGACACCUUUUUCAUCAAUCACAAACGAGAGGAUUAAAACUGAUACAAGCAGCGCUAGUCUUUCCAGGUUGAUUGAAAAAUUGUCAACCAGCGAGGGAAUGGAUAUACUUAGGAAAUUAUUGUCUUGUGAAAGAACAUUUGAAUCACCAUCUUUUGCUACUUGGCCGACCUUCGAAAUAGAAAAGAAUCUGGAUAUGCGUGUUCUGUUGAGAGAACUAGGCGUCGGACAAUUAUUAACGACCAACGGGAUGCUUUUGGACAGAACCUUCGCGGAAGGCAAUCAAUUCGUGCACUUCGGCAAUGCCGUGCACCGUGCUCGUGUCAAGGUCACGAAGGAGAACGUCAGGGCGGCUGCGGUAACCUUGAUUAGUGGACAGGAACCCUGUUCGGACGAUAUUAUUAGGAACGUGGAUACGAAUUAUCCGUUUGUUUGGCUAAUUUACGACAAAAUGAAUGCAGAUAUUCUUUAUAUCGGCGUAUUUAAUGCAGUCGACAAGACCAUUCCUCAAAUUAGAUUGACAGAAAUAGAUAUGACGUAUAAAUCCAGUCGACGUUCAAGCUGGUCGUCGGGAAGUUCGUCGGAAUGGUUUUCUGAAAGUCUUCAUGACAAUCCGUAUACUAAAUAGGGAGUCAGUUAGGAGUUUAGAAACGUUGGUUUGAUUUUUGAGAAUUUAUUUGGAAAAUUUGUACAAAUAUUACCCAAACUUUUAGGCAUUUGUUAUUAAAUUUUUAUAAGUAUAACAUUUUUGUGUUAUAAAUACGGAUUUUAAAGACUGUCUUUGAAAAAUCUUAUUGCCGUUGAAUUUACAAAUUGAUGAGUAAUUUUAUAUAUACCUCCAAG